AUGCUCAGUCUAUGCGAAAAGCGAGCUUUCCUAACUUCGCGGCGCUUACAGCACCCAAACCUCAACUAUUUCCUCUGCCUUGCCAGCUUCAUUAUCUGUCUAUCAGCAGCCGAAAUCAACGAAUUCAUCCUCUCCAAGAAACUAUCGCCGUGGGCUGAGCUGCUUGAGCUGCUGUACCUGUUGUUCCCGGUCGUAGCACACUGGCUCAGUGCUCGGCCCACGAGCACUCAAGAGGAGGAAGCAUCUCGUACAAAGUUGGACCAGGAUGGGCGCCUGAAUGAGAAAGCUGAAGACCUCGAAGCAUGUGGGAACGGUACUAUCAAGGAAGGGAAGCAAGAUGCUGGACACGACAGUCUCAUCGACAACACCCGAAGCAUAUACCGCGCUACCGACCGCCUCAUGCCAUGUAUCGCCGCACUCCUCUUGCCUACCAUCUGCUUCGCCUUCACUGGCUUCGUCAUCACCAUGGAUCCGGAUCCGAAAUUGAAGGAUAUGCAUCGGUUCUUCGUCAUUGGUGUUCCGCUCCUGGCCAUAGCCUCUGUCGUCAUGCAUGCCGGUUGCGCCGUCUUCAAACAUGGAAUGCGAGAAGUCACUGCUCAGGUACACAAGCAUGGAGGAUGGGCAUGUGUUCUUCUCCAAUUAGCGUUCAUAUCGUUUACCCUGGCUUUCUUUGAAUGCAUACCAAUCUACGCGGGCGAGCUAAUUGAGGUCAAACGCAAUGCGUUCGAAUCAAUCGCUGAAGGAAGUGGAUGGCAGGCACUGGUGUUCAAGAUGUAUGUUGUUGGUGCGGUUCUCCCCGUAUUCUGCUCUUGA